AUGGGAUUAGCGGCAAGUACGGGACGUAAUAAUUAUGAAUUGGUCGAUAAACUCAAGGAAUCAGAUCUUAUACACGACGAUGAGGUUGAACGUGUUUUGAGGUUAGUGGAUCGUGGACGGUUCUUUCCAGCAGAUGCUCGUCACAUGGCGUAUCGCGAUGUGGCAUGGAAAAGCGAGCAAGGUGAUCCGGGCCGUUUGCAUAUAUCUGCACCGUGCAUUUACGCGAAUGUACUCGAUCAUUUACACAUUGCGAAGGGGAAUUCAUUCCUGAACAUCGGGUCCGGCACUGGCUACCUCAGUACCGUCGUUGGCUUUCUUUUAGAGGAUAUUCGGAAUGAGCGUUGGUCAAGGGCACCAUCGUUCAGCAUUGCAACACUGCAACAUGCAUGUGCCCAGACUAUUCGAAGAUGCGUACGUACGGCCAUGAUGCCAUCCUAUAAGAUACGAAUUCGUAAAUAUAAUACAUCAACAACCACCAACGAGGCAAGUGCAGACAGCGAGCAAGAACCGUCACUAGUAAUUCAUCGUGGUUCUGAUGGAGCGAUCGAAAGGGAAGUUCAUGUGUAUGGGGAAGAAAUGGCCAAUAUUCGCAGAAGGCCAAUGUUGCCGUUUUACCCAACUCCAGUUGUCAUUGAAAUGCAAGAGCUGAUGAGAAGGAAUCCUCAAAAUGUUGCGGAACGUCGUCGCUUACCACAGCUAAAUAAGGUUGAGCGUUUGAGAAACGGAACUGCGCAAGUGAUCAGAGGUAUGCAUGCACUGGGCUUUGAAAUGGAAGAUAGUGAUCCGGAGGAUUAUGCCGAUGACGCGCAGCUGGAUGAAACAAGUGAGAGAUCAGAGGAGAUUGAACCGAAUCGAACUGAUACUCGUGCAGAAAUUGAUCGUCAUUCCGAUCAGCAAACACAACAAGAACGAAAUGAUAAUAAUGCUCAGAUGAGUGCUAUAUCAACAACGUUAGGUAAACGUUCAAGAGAUGGACAGGAGAGUGAAAAUACAGGUGCCAAAAGACACAAUGGAGAAGUGCAAAAACAUGAUUCAAUAGAAAUGAAUGAAGAUACGCCAAAUAAUAAUAAUCAUGAAACAAGCAAACAAGCGAAUGUGGUUUUCGAUGAAAAUAUGCAAAAUGAAAGUGUUAACGGAGAAAGUGACGAUAACAGUGAGCAAAAUCAACGAAUAAACCAGGAGACAUCUAUAAACAACCAAACUGAUAACAGUGGAAAUGAACGCGAAGUAACAACUGAUAACUUUGGUGCAUCAGCUAGGAACGCUGAUGCAUCAGACUAUAGUGCUACUGCCAUUCAUGAUGCGCAACGUUCUUACAGUGUUGUGGAAUCAGAUGGAGAUGAAGAAAGGGAAUCAGUAAAUGUUGAUGUAUCGGCGGUGUUAUUACAUCGUGAGUCGAUGCCACAUUCAGUUGUCGAUUUCUCAGAGGAGCAUAUGUCAGCGGAUACUUCAAAUAACGAUGCAGAAGAAGACGAUUUACGGGAUGAAGAAGAGAAAUUUCAGAUGGAAGAUAUCAAACGCUUUUCGGUUGAAUUUGAGCGUCGUAUGGAAAAGCUGCCACUAAGCAAAGCAUUGAUAGAAUAUAUCAAAUAUCUACCUUAA